AUGAAGAGGAGUAUAAAUAGAUCAAAUUCUUCAAUCCAGAACAGCCACACAGCAAAAACUGUUAGUAGGAAAAGUCUCUGCAUCCUGAACAACCACACAGUAUCAGGAGCAGAAAACAUGAAAAUCGUUCUAGCCUUUCUAUUCAUUGCCCCACUUGCUCUUUCAGCUAGAGCUGAGAAGGAUUAUUCCUCCUCUGAUUCUGCUGCACCUCCUGAGACGAAAUCAAGAUUUGCCAUGUUAGAUGAUGUACGAAUCUUAGCCAAUGGACUCCUCCAGCUUGGGCACGGUCUUAAAGACUUUGUCCAUAAGACGAAGGGGCAGAUGAAUGACAUCUUUCAAAAACUUUACAUUUUUGAUAGGUCCUUUUACGAGCUCUCACUGCAAACUAGUGAAAUCAAAGAAGAAGAAGAACAGCUCAGACAAACUACAGCCAGACUGCAAAUCAACAAUGAAGAGAUAAAGAAUCUCUCACAGGAGAUGAAUUCAAAGAUUGAAGACCUCAUACAAAACAAAAUCCAGCUGCAAGAGAAAGUAUGGGGACUGGAAGACAAAGUCACUAAACUGGCCAUUAUCCAGCCUUCGAUGCAAGAGACAAAAGAAAUUUCUUCACUCAAAGCUUUCGUGGAGCAGCAGGACAACCACAUCAAGCAACUUCUCAAAAUCGUAGAGGACCAGCAUGUGCAACUCAACAGACAGCACAAUCAAAUAAUGGAGCUGGAGGACAAGCUAAACCACAUGGAGCUCCAGGAACUCGCAGAGAACUCCUUCACAGGGGAGCAAACAGAACCAGAGGCCAUCCCCUUUCCUGUGCGCAACACCACAGCUGUAACAUACAAAUCUGAUGGUGCCGCUCCUGACUGCACUGCUCUUUAUAACAGCGGCAUGCAGUCCAAUGGUGUUUACACUAUUAAGCCCAACGGCUCAGAAGCUUUCGAUGUCUACUGUGAAAUGAAAUUUGGCAGUUCCUGGACUGUAAUCCAGAACAGAGAGGAUGGAUCACUAGAUUUCAACCAAACCUGGGAUGCCUAUACAAAUGGUUUUGGUGACCUCAAUGAGGAAUUCUGGCUAGGCCUGAACAAGACCUAUUCCAUUACUAAACAAGGGGACUACAUCCUACGGAUUGAGCUGCAGGACUGGAAAGAUAAUAAACGCUACAUCGAGUAUGCAUUCAGCUUGGGAGGUCCCGAAACAGACUAUACUCUCCAGCUUUCACGGAUCUCCGGGAGCAUCCCCAAUGCCCUGCCAGAGCAGACAGAACUGAGGUUCUCAACUGCAGACCGUGACAUGGACGUAAUAAAUGACUUCAGCUGUCCAGAAAACUACCUAGGAGGCUGGUGGCACAGCGAUUGUGAGGAAACCAAUCUUAACGGGAAAUAUGUUGCACCAAGGUCAAGAGGAAGACUAGACAGAAGAAAAGGCUUAUACUGGAAGCCUAAGAAAGGAAGAUACUACUUGCUCAAGUCAACCAAAAUAAUGAUACACCCAACAGAUUUAAAAAGUUUUGACUGAAUGCUCAACCUGAUGCAUUUUAAUCCAGAACAUAUACACUGAACAUUACUACGUCAAAGAAGUUCAUGUUAUGUUUAGUAACAGAUGCAUGUCUAUAUCCAUACACUGUAUGGUGUAUUCUCCAAUACAUAAACCUGAGGCAUUUGCGAUGGUCUUACAGUAUGUUUGGUGAGUAUCUCAUUCCCUCUAGCCCCAAUGUCAACGUGCUGUAACUUUCAGGGAGCUUUUACCUCCCCAGGAUGAAACUCUAAUGCCUAAGAAUCAACCGCUUAUUCAUGUAUUAGAUAAUAUUGCUUGAGGGAAUGGGUUUUCAGGCUGUUGCAUUCGUUUCUGGGUUGUGUAGUAGGGAAGACAAAAAGCAUUUCAGUAAACAAAGGGCUGGCAAAAUGCUACGGAAGACAUUUAGGUAUUACUCUGUAGGAAAAAAAAGCAAUUUUGUUUUGUAAAGUAACUAAUUUGAUGUUUGUUUCAUGUUAUUAUUGUGGAAUGUUUCUAUGAGCAAAUGAAAGAUGGGUAAUUCCCCAUUUUAGGGUUCUGUGUAUUUCCAGACAAAUUUUCAGCAGUGUAGCUCAGGCCAAUCUUCGCUGAAGCACUGUACUCACACAGCUAUAGAUGUGUACACACGCAUCAAGUAAGCCACAGCACAGGCCUAAUCUUUUAGAUGCCACACUUUGAAAAAUAACUUAAGAAUUACGCUUUCUUACUGAAAGCUAAGAGCUAAGCUUCAAAGUUUACUGAAAUGAGUAAGAGAUUUUUUUCUUCUCGUUUGAAAUGGAAUCAGAGCCAUCCCUUUGCAACUUUUUAGUACACUUAACUAAGAAACUAAAUGAAAGACCAAGUGAGCACAUAACAAACCACCUUUCAAAUAGAGAACAGUUGCCUGGGGCAACUCGAAUAGAGUCAAUGGUACCAACCAACAAACCCUGUAGGCACAACCUACGUGACAGUGUUGGUCCUGCUCCUGAGAACACACUUACAUUUGUUUAACUUCAGCUGCAGAAUACUCUAAGGCAGAAGGACUAUUGACAUGCUUGUGGAUGGCCGGCCGUGGAAGUGUUGACUGACAAAGGCCCUGAUUCUGCAGUUACAUUGAGUCAUGUUGACUUGUAUAUCUUACCUAAUCCUUGUACAGUAUGGAUUUUUUAUCUCAACAUUUGGAACCAUACAGAAAAUGGUUUUAAAUUGUAAUUUCUCAGAGUGAACAGUAUGUGCUAAUUACAGAAAAACUGCAAAAUUACUUUUACUUCUCAUGGAUUUAUGAAGAAGAGAUCACACAGUGCUGCUUAUUUGUACUGGUGUAUUGUAAUGUUUAAUUACCUGUCCAACCUCAAUAAAUAAAUAGAUAAAUAAAUAAAUAAAUAAAUUUAACUUUUGAAGACAUGA